GUUGGGAUAAAAUCUUUCAUGUUCGGGUCGCCAAAAUGGGAGACGAGGCCAUGCCAGCUCGAAACAUUUAUCAAGCAAGUAUGUACCGCGUCAAUCGCCCAAAGCCAUAUUACCAAUGCUUUUGUGUGAAAGCGAUCGUCUGGAUACGUUCUAAAAUACAGAAAUGUCAAUACGGCGAUUGCCCCCGAUAGAGCCGUAGCUCCUAACCCUCCAAUAAGGAUGACACCCAGCGAGCCACGUACAUCGAUGUCGAGAUUUGACAUCCUGCGACGCACAAACUGUUUGCAGGGAUGAUAGCGAGGAAGAAAAGUACACCAACGGACAAAGCUUACCCAGGAACUUCAUAUGUACCAUACGUGGCUUAGCCCAUUCUUUGUGCCCCUGUGAGCUCCAAUGGGACAUGGUUAUCCCAGAGCCCAAAAGAACACGACGCGCGCUCAGGAUGCCGCCCAACGAAGUGAGACUCAAUGUGCUCCAAGAGAAACCGGACAAUUGAUAUCAACCGGCUGGGAGACAGCCGACAAAUUGGGAUUUGGACUCAGGGCGAUUCCAGAGUUCCUGAUAGGUGCCUAGAGACAUGGUAGGCCAAUUUUCGAAGCGUUUGGAGUAUACCAGCAUAAGCUUCAUUCAUAGUUGUGGGUAAGACACCUCUUUUCACCUGCCGCGCAUUUCUGACUAUAACCGGUUCGACUUCCCCGAGCGCUGAUGUGGCAUUACGUGAGCACAGGCACCCAUCCGUAGAUAGCAUCAUCCAUUCCCAAAGGACGCAUCCCCACAAAGCAAUCUUCGCC